GUUACCACAUGCAGUCCACAGUCGCCUAGCAUCGGUCCAGCGCGCAACAGGAGGUAGUUUUGUCUUUGUAUCGGCUGUUUUUAAUGGUUCCCUUCGUUGAUUUCAUGGUUGGCCGGACCGUUCCCCUCUGGGCUUUGACCGUGCUCUUCAGUGCGGUAGUCUGGACGCCCGUUAAAGGUGAGCCGCGGGUCAUCGGGCCCCUGCAGCCGGUCGUCGCGGCCCCGGGCGACGACGUCGUCCUGCCGUGUCACCUGGAGCCCGAGUUCAACGUGGAGAGGCAGACGGUGGAGUGGUCGAAGCCCGACCUGAAGCCUGACCCCUCAGAUCGCCUGAGCCGGGUCGAGUACGUCCACGUCUACAGGGACCGCCGCGAAGUCCUGGACAUGAAGUUGCGCUCGUACGUCAAGAGGACGCUGCUGUUCCCAGACGGCCUGAAACGCGGGAACAUCUCGCUCAAGAUCACGAACGUGACGCUCGCAGACGCAGGGCGAUACAAAUGCUUCAUCCCAAAGUUAAAGAGCAACGUGAAGGAGUCGAUUGUUCAGCUUGUUGUCGUUGAUCCGGACUCUGUUAAAGUCUGGACGACGGAGACGCCGCUGCAUCCCCGAAGUCUCCAAACUCCAGAUCCAAAGGAGAGGACGGACACGGAAGUUAAAGGCGGUCCGUCCCACCUGGGCGUCUGGAUCUCGGCGGUCUGCGUCGUCCUGCUCGCAGGUGGAGUCGGUGGAUGUGUUCUUAUUAAACACAAGCUGCAAAAACAAAACCUUCCGAAGUAUGAUGCCGCCCCAUCCAAACAACUUCCACUCUAGGUGCCUUGCUCAGGGGCACGUUGGUAGUUGUGACACCCCCCCCCCCUCCCCCUUUUGGAUCUUUCUCAUCAGUUCGGGAUCCAACCCGGCAGCACCUCCAGCCGCAGGUGGGCCAACCGGUUCCUCAGGAGUGAGGUCUUCAUGGUGGAUCCAGAGAUCCAGAUCUCCGUCAUUAAGACUCUCGCCUGAAGCUCUGCGGCUGCAUCGACGCUGGAGGAGUCCGAUCCCUUUAAGAGCGUCGCCUAUUAAAACGGUUUCUCCCUGAACACGUUUGGUUUAGACUUUGGAAAGUCCGGCCUGCACAAGAACCAGCGGAUCAGCAGGAUCACUUUGGGGUUUUUAUCUGUCAAGAGAGACUGUAUAGUUUUUUUGGUAAAGCUUUACACCGUCGGUCACUUUCAGCUCUUUGACCGGGCAGCUAGUUCACCCGACCUCGACGUGACGACGAAAACAACAGGUUUAGUUUUAUGAACCCAGCCUUUGUGUUGCUCUUACCGCUCUCCUCUCAGGAGGAUAACUGUGAGCGCCCUAUUUUGUGAUUACAUUAAUCAGUGUGAUACAUUUAAAUUAUUUUAAUUAAAUUUUUUUUUAGGCUCGUGGUUUUGGUUCUCAUGUUUCUUGCCACGGCACUGAAGUUGAAGUGGAGUUCCUCAACACUAAAUUAAAACUAACUCAAAUUAGUUUUACUAACUAAUGUUUACAGAAGAACUGGUUAAUAGCUACUAAGAACUUAGGACUUGACGGUCAAACUUAAUAAUGCAUUUAUGAAUAGCUCCGGUUUACUUAACCCUGACUGGAUGAAGAUUACAGGGUGUAUUUAGUGUUUUUGAGUUUUGUGGCCCAACACUACAACCAGGGAAGAAGUAAAGGGGGAAACAUGGCUGAAAUUAACUUCCCCACAUGUUCAGGCUGAUAUGAAUCACAGCUAAUAGUGUUAAAACAGUGCGAUGCAGAAGAGGUUAUUUCUGUUCAAAUGAAGCUGCUGCAUUAACGUCAGUAGGAAUAAAUGUUUCUGUUGGAGCUUUAAUCGCUCUGCUGUCCCUCACAUGAAGUGUGAGCGGACCUCGGGGCCCUCGCUGUGGUUAUGUUCGUGGAUUUGUAUUCUGACUUUGUUCUGAUUUGUUACUUUUAAUAAAACUACCUGUUUUCUUGGGUGUUGAACACUAAACGACUUCUUGCACUUAAAAUGAGUUUGUAAAAUUACCUCGCGUGUUACGCUGUUUAAAAAUCUCAAACCGAUGGAUUAGUGGUCGACUACAGUGUCGACUUGAAUGUAUCUGCUGUCUCUUUGCAUUAAAGUUCAGACUCGGCUUUUUGUAUUUCUGUCAGCUGAACAGAUGAUUUUAAAAAAUGUUUCCUUUUGAAUCAUAAAGGAAGUUCAGUCACCAUGUUGAGCAACAGCCAUCAGGGCUGCUACUCUGUGAUGUUUAGCUACAGUUCUCAUUUAAUAACCUUUAACUAAAGCAUCAUAUUUAUAUCCUCAGUUUACUAUAUAGAUAUAUAGAUAUAUCCUUUUAUUGGCUAUAAAUGUUAGUUAUUACAUUUCUGAAAAGUCUCCAGUUUCUACUGGAAGUUCCCAGAGCUCGCCUUAAUGUGGAGGAGGCCGAAAGCCCCCGAGCUUUUUAAUAGUUUCUCCUGCUGUUACAUAAUGCAGUUCACCUGAAACUUCCCAACACUCCCUCAAAUAUCCCCUCGCUUUUUUUUUAUACUGAUGUUUUGCUUCAUUGUUGAUUUUUGUUUCUGUUCUGUAAAGUUGAUUUUGUGGUUUAAUGCUUUUACUGUGAAACACUUUGUUUUGUUAUAUGAAUAAAUCUUUACUGCUACAGAAAAUA